GUCAUCUGUCCACUCAUGUGACAGCAAUCACUCCACCCCACAUAGUAUAUUGGGCUUUGUAAUCCACAUUAUGUCCAGGAGGAAGAAAGGGAGGUGCCUAUGGAAUGCAGGAAGAAAGCAGGGUCACCUAUUGGAUCCAGGGGCAAGUGAUAUUGAAAUGCAUAUCUUUGCAGAUCUGGGAAAGGUCUGUGUUAGAGGAAAUGCAUGGCCAGGAAACAUUGUGCUGUGUCUUUAAAUACACUAUAACCUUAAGGGAGGUGCUCUUGUCACUCAGGCCUCACAAGCCAAUCAGGGCCUCCAGGCGACCUGCCAGUGAGAAGUGGUGCAGGGCCCUUCCUGUGGCGGACUUCAGGACCAGCUUUGAAGAGGAUCUGGCACCAGCGGUUUUGUGUGCUCUGCUUCAGGGAACUGAGCCGAGAGCUUGGGCAACCUGGGAAACCACGAUAUGGUGAACAGAGAGCUGAUGUCCCCAGUUGGGGAGGAGCAGAAUAAUGUGGUGACCUAUGAUGAUGUACAUAUUGACUUCACUUGGGAAGAGUGGACUUUAAUGGAUCCUUCUCAGAAGAAACUCUAUGAAGAUGUGAUGCUAGAGACCUACAGGAACCUCACUACUGUAGGAUACAAUUGGGAAGACCAUCAUGUUGAAGAAUAUUGUCAAAGUUCUAGAAGAUAUGAAAGGAAUGAAAGAAGUCAAACUGGAGAGAAACCUUCAGUUUAUACUCAAUGUGUUAAAGCCUUUGCAUAUGAUGCCCAUCUUCAAAGGCAUGAAACAACUCAUACUGGAGAGAAACCCUAUGAAUGUAACCAGUGUGGUGAAGUCUUUGCAUAUCACAUUACACUUCAAAGGCAUAAAAUAACUCAUACUGGAGAGAAACCCUAUGAAUGCAAUCAGUGUGGUAAAGGCUUUGUAUGCCUCAGUCACCUGCAAAUACAUGAAAGAACUCACACUGGAGAGAAACCCUAUGAAUGUAAUCAGUGUGAUAAAUCCUUUGUACGGUCUAGUCUUCUGCAAAAGCAUGAAAAGACACAUACUGGAUGGAAACCCUAUGAAUGUAAUCAGUGUGGUAAAGCCUUUGCACGUUCUAGUCUUCUGCAAAAACAUGAAAGAACACAUACUGGAGAGAAGCCCUAUGAAUGUAAUCAGUGUGGUAAAGCCUUUGCACGUCACAGUAGUCUGCAAAAACAUAAAAGAACACAUACUGGAUGGAAACCCUAUGAAUGUAAUCAGUGUGGUAAAGCCUUUACACAUCGCAGUAGUCUACAAAUGCAUGAAAGGACACACACUGGAGAGAAACCCUAUGAAUGUAAUCAGUGUUGUAAAGGCUUUGCACGUCUCAGUCACCUGCAAAUACAUGUAAGAACACACACUGGAGAAAAACCCUAUGAAUGUAAUCAGUGUGAUAAAGCCUUUGCACAACGCAGUGGUCUGCAAAUGCAUGAAAGGACACAUACUGGAGAGAAACCCUAUGAAUGUAAUCAGUGUGGUAAAGCCUUUUCAUGUUCUAGUCACCUUCAAAGACAUGAAAGAACUCACACUGGAGAGAAACCCUAUGAAUGUAAUCAGUGUGGUAAAGUCUUUGCAUAUCACAUUAGUCUUCAAAGACAUAAAAUAACUCAUACUGGAGAGAAACCCUAUGAAUGCAAUCAGUGUGGUAAAGUCUUUGUACAACACAGUUAUCUGCAAAGACAUGAAAGAACACAUACUGCAGAGAAACCCUAUGAAUGUAAUCAGUGUGGUAAAGCCUUUACACAUCGUAGUAGUCUGCAAAUACACGAAAGAAUACAUACUGGAGAGAAACCCUAUGAAUGUAAUCAGUGUGGUAAAGCCUUUGCACGUUCUAGCCUUCUGCACAUGCAUGAAAGGACACACACUGGAGAGAAACCCUAUAAAUGCAAUCAUUGUGGUAAAACCUUUGCACGGUCUAGUAUUCUGCAAAUGCAUGAAAGGACACAUACUGGAGAGAAACCCUUUGAAUGUAAUCAUUGUGGUAAAGCCUUUGCACGGUCUAGUAUUCUGCAAAUGCAUGAAAGGACACAUACUGGAGAGAAACCCUAUGAGUGUAAUCAGUGUGGUAAAGCCUUUGCAUGUUCUAAUCUUCUACAAAAACAUAAAAGGACACAUACUGGAGAGAAACCCUAUGAAUGUAAUCAGUGUGGUAAAGCCUUUGCACGUUCUAAUCUUCUGCAAAAGCAUGAAAUGACACAUACUGAAUGGAAACCUUAUGAAUGUAAUCAGUGUGGUAAAGCCUUUGCACGUUCUAGUCUUCUGCAAAAACAUGAAAGGACACAUACUGGAGAGAAACCCUAUGAAUGUAAUCAGUGUGGUAAAGCCUUUGCACGUCGCAGUAGUUUGCAAAUGCAUGAAAGGACACAUACUGGAGAGAAACCCUAUGAAUGUAAUCAGUGUGGUAAAGGCUUUGCAUAUCACAUUACUCUUCAAAGGCAUAAAAUAAUUCAUACUGGAGAGAAACCCUAUGAAUGCAAUCAGUGUGGUAAAGGCUUUGCACAACACGGUCACCUGCAAAUACAUGAAAGGACCCAUACUGGAGAGAAACCCUAUGAAUGUAAUCAGUGUGAUAAAGCCUUUGCACAUCGGAGUAGUCUGAAAAUGCAUGAAAUGACACAUACUGGAGAGAAACCCUAUGAAUGCAAUCAGUGUGGUAAAGGCUUUGCACGCCCCAGUCGCCUGAAAAUACAUGAAAGACACACUGGAGAGAAACCCUAUGAAUGCAAUCAGUGUGGUAAAGGCUUUGCACAACACGGUCACCUGCAAAUACAUGAAAGGACCCAUACUGGAGAGAAACCCUAUGAAUGUAAUCAGUGUGAUAAAGCCUUUGCACAUCGGAGUAGUCUGAAAAUGCAUGAAAUGACACAUACUAGAGAGAAACCCUAUGAAUACAAUCAGUGUGGUAAAGGCUUUGCACGCCUCAGUCGCCUGAAAAUACAUGAAAGGACCACUGGAGAGAAACCCUAUGAAUGUAAUCAGUGUGGUAAAGCCUUUGCAUAUCACAGCAUUUUUCAGUGUCAUAAAAGAACACAUAAAGGAGAGAAACACUGAGUGUAAUCACUGUGUUAAAGUAUUUGCAUGUGUCAGUAGUCUCCGAAAUCUUGAGAGAAUAUCACCCUGCAGAGAAGCUAUAUAAAUGUAAUUGGUGUGGUAAAGUUUUACAGUUUAUACAUGAGUAAAACUUUUUUUGUGAAAUCAAUCUGUUAAUGCCUUUGCAUAUUACAUUAGUCUUUGAGUACCUGAAAAAGAUGCUGAGGGCUCCUUAUUAUAAAGAAUUUGGUAAGAUCUUUUCCAACACACAUUCGGUUAAACAAGAGUGUUUAUUCUAUAGAAAGGAAUUUGACAGUGUCAGCAAUCUAUUCAAGUGUUAUGAUGACUGUUUUAACACCAUUUGCACCAGCAAACUCAUGGGGAAAAUGAACUUGUGAAUUUAUGAAUCCCUAUGUGUAGGGUAAAAGAGUCCAGCAAAGAAACACAGUGACCCUGAAAUCAGAGCAAGCGAAGGACACAGACUUUGGCCCUGAAUCCGCAGCCAAAGAAGCACACCCUGACCCUGAAACUAGAGCCAAAGAAAAACACUUUGUCCCUGAAUCCAGAGCCAAUGAAAGAAACACCUUGGUCUUGAAACCAGAACCAAAGAAACACAUUCUACCCUUGACAAACUGAGCAUAAAACCAAUGAAUCCCUGAGCUCAAAACCAACCAUUCCCUGAUAAAGAAAUACAGUCAAUUUCUCAGCUUCUUUAAGCUCAGUGACUGAAAUCCCACCAAUUCCCACCCUGAAAAUCUCCAAGGAAAAACUGCCCAUAAGAAGCCCUAUAUAAAAGCCCUGUGCCUAUUCAGUGACAGAAGCCCUUUUCCACCUUGACAGAGGCAGCCACUCCCCUCGGUUCCUCCCUCUAAAAUAAAUCUCUUAAAUAAGAGUUUGGGGUGAAGACUUUCUUUCACCAGUCUGGAGCAGAAACUCCAUAGUGGAGUGGUGCAGGGAAGCAAUGAACACCUCUGCUGGGAUGCUCCCUUAGGGAGUGAAACAGAGGUAACAACUUUUUGCUGGAGCCAGAACAGACUGCUACCUUUCUAUAGUGGUUUCCCCCUUAAUUGAGUGAAGCAGAAGAGUACCAAUUUGGGCUAUAACUGAGAAGAAAUGGACAACUUUCUCGGGAAACUCUCUAGUGGAGUGGGACAGAGAUGCAAUGGACACUUCUGGGAAACUUCAGAGUGGAUCGAAACCCAGAAUACCUUCCCUUAACAGCUGUGGGUAUAUCCUGAUUUCUGACGGUCAUAAUACAUUUUUCUUCAAAAUGCUGGGUAUUCAGGAUAUCUUCCCUCCAUAGUCUGGUAUAACCUGACUUCCCUACAAUCAGGAUUCCUUUCUCCCAGCUGUAGGUAACCAGGAUAGAUAUAGCCUGACUUCUGACAGUCAGGGUACCUUUCUCUUCAGAGCUGUAGGUAUCUAGGAUACCUUGCCUCCACAGCUUCAGGUAUAGCCUGACUUUCCAACAUAGUACCUUUCUCUUAAUAGUUGUAGGUAUCGUCCCUUCACUACUGAAGGUAUAGCUUGACUUUUGACAUGUUAUCUCCCCUCACCUCAGAACUGUAACAUUUACACUAUGAAUUUUACACUUCAAUUAUAUGAAAUAAUUAAUUCAGAUAUAAAACUUCAUGGAUUUGUAUUAGUUCCUUUUGUGUUGUUGUGAUAUAAUGUCUAUGUCAACUUAUAAAAGAGUUUAAUCUGAUCCUUGGUUCUAGAAGGAUACAGAUCACCAUGAGAGUGGCAUGACAACAAGUGUCAGAGAUGGCAGUUAAAGCAGGAGGCUAAGAAUUCACAUCCUUAACCUACUGUAUAAAGCAGAGAGUGGGAACUGGGAGUGUUGUGUACAUGUAAAUUCUCAAAACCCUACCCCUGGUGACAUAUUUCCUCCAACACUGCAACAUUUCCUACAUCUUCCCCCAAGUGAUAUCACCGACUUAGAAGGAUUGAUUUCUCUGACUUCAAACCUAUAUGCUUGCUUUCUGCUACAUGAACCAAUUUAUGGUGACAAAAAUCUCUAUAAGUAAGCUGUUAGGUGCCUCAACAAAGAACAACUUUCAUGAGUGAAAAUAUGUUUGUUUGAAGAAUCAUUUUAAUUUUAAUUAUGUGAUGUCAGUGUGUGUUUGUGUGGGUAUGUGAAUGUACAUGCAGGUUCCUGAGAAUGAUAGACUCUUGGGUCUUCUGGUACCAGUUGUCAAUAAUCAUACCUUGGUCCUGGGAAUGAACAUAUCUGGCACUGUAAAUAUUUUAAAGCCUGUUUAUGCCAUUUUGAAGUCAGAAAAUAGGGACAAACUCAUACAAGAGAAAAAUGAUUUGGUAAAAACUUUAGACAUCAUAGUUGUCUUCAUGUUCAAGGAAAGAAAUAUUGCUCCAUUUCUUUUUCAUGGUAGCCCUGAAGGAAGUAAAUUAAAGUAAGUAUGUCUGAGAAAGGGUGGUGGGUUGUUGUUUCUGGUUUUGUUUUUCAUAUUUUUAGAAAUUUCCUUGAGAUUUUGUUGUUUGUUAUUCAGUCUGACUUGGAUUUCAGUAAUGAUUGAGGGUUACAUUUGAGCUCAAUGAUCUUCAUGUGUCUGCCUCUUGAAUACAUGUCUAAGGGUAGAUCAUAUACUGUACCCAAUGUAUACUGUUUUAUCAACACCAUUUAAAAAUGUUAAUUUUAAAAUGCUUAAGAGUAUAUAAGAAACAUUAACUACUUCAUGUAUGUAUUCAAAACAGUAUUUUCAUUUAUCUGGUAGAGAUGUAAUAAAGUAGGAUAAUCAUCAA